AGAAACUCUGGUGAAAUCCCUCCAAAACAUAUUUAUUAUGCAUGGAAAAAGCCUUACACGACAGGUGGCAUAGGCUCCUUAUGAAAUCGUUGCAGGAUGGGAAGCCAUUUAGGGCUUCGUAAUUGUGAAAGAUUGUAUUGAAACUGAGGCACUUAAAUAGCAGUGAGCAUGAGAAAAUGUAGUGGAUAAUGGUGGUGAUUCUAUUUCUUGUGAAAGUCUACUUACUCUGUUCUUUUACAGUUGUGGGCUUUCCGAUUUCACAUACCCCAGUCUCUAUAUUUUGUCUCAAUCCACAGCCUAUCUCAACUAAGUCUGUCCCAGGCACCUCUUACUGCAGGUGAUAAUUCAUCUGUUAAUCAUGUUUUCCUUUUAUGUCUACUUUCUGUCAGAGAAUUGUGAGUGCAAACUGGGAAGGGAAGGAAAUUAUGAGAAUAUGUAUAAAUACAAAUGGAAUAUGCUGGCUGGAAAUGAGGAAUAGUCAAUAUCACAGGUGAUUUAAACACCUGAUGAAUUUCAUGGAUUGUCAGGAAUCUUUUGUCCUUACCUAACCUGUUAAUUUGAAAGCAGAUAUUACACUGAAAGUAUUGAUGAUGGGUUUAAAUCAGGUUGCAGCUCACAUGUUGUUAUAAUAUGUUGAUUUUUUGUUAUUUUUUAUAUGUGAGGAACUGAAUAACUGUAUACUAUUUAUUCAUAGUGAGAACAUUGCAAUAUUAAUGAUUUUAGUACAUAUUAUUAUCUUCAUAAUCAUAAUUUCCUCCCCAUUUUCUUAGUUCUCAUAAUUUUAGCCACAGCCCAGUUGGCUGGACCAAUGGAUGGCGAGAAUCACUCAGUGGUAUCUGAGUUUGUGUUUCUGGGACUCACUCAUUCAUGGGAGAAACAGCUCCUCCUCCUAGUGUUUUCCUCUGUGCUCUAUGUGGCGAGCAUUACCGGAAACAUCCUCAUUGUGUUUUCUGUGGCCACUGACCCUCACUUACACUCCCCCAUGUACUUUCUACUGGCCAGUCUCUCCUUCAUUGACUUAGGAGCCUGCUCUGUUACUUCUCCCAAGAUGAUUUAUGAUCUGUUCCGAGAACACAAAGUCAUCUCCUUUGGAGGCUGCAUCGCUCAAAUCUUCUUCAUCCACGUCAUUGGUGGUGUGGAGAUGGUGCUGCUCAUAGCCAUGGCCUUUGACAGAUACGUGGCCAUAUGUAAGCCCCUCCACUAUCUGACCAUUAUGAGCCCAAGAAUGUGCAUUUUAUUUCUGGCUGUUGCCUGGACCCUUGGUGUCAGUCACUCCCUGUUCCAACUGGCAUUUCUUGUUAAUUUACCCUUCUGUGGCCCUAAUGUAUUGGACAGCUUCUACUGUGAUCUUCCUCGGCUUCUCAGACUAGCCUGUACCGACACCUACAGAUUGCAGUUCAUGGUCAUUGUCAACAGUGGGUUUAUCUGUGUGGGUACUUUCUUCAUACUUCUAAUCUCCUACAUCUUCAUCCUGUUUACUGUUAGGAAACAUUCCUCAGGUGGUUCAUCCAAGGCCCUUCCCACUCUUUCAGCUCACAUCACAGUGGUCCUUUUGUUCUUUGGCCCACCCGUGUUUGUGUAUACAUGGCCACACCCUAAUUCACAGAUGGACAAGUUUCUGGCUAUUUUUGAUGCAGUUCUCACUCCUUUUCUGAAUCCAGUCGUCUAUACAUUCAGGAAUAAGGAGAUGAAGGCAGCAAUAAAGAGAGUAUGUAAGCAGCUGGUGAUUUACAAGAAGAUCUCAUAAAUGAUACAAUAAGGCCUUCUCAUUAAACGU